UUGUUUUGCUCCAACCGCCGCUGUGUCAAGUAACUUGUUGAACGGCUGGUGCGAGGGAGCGCGGGGAGAUGUCGCAGCCGCUCUCGAACGCCUCUCACCCUUACGUCACAAAAGUCCCCAGGCGCGUGGAAGAUGUCGGCGGCACGGGGGCGACGUCGAACGUUGGUAUCGCGUCGAGGCGCGCUCGUACCGGCGUAUUUGUCUGCCCCGAGGAGCGAGAGCCCACGUUCUCGCAUGGUGCCUUGGACUUUCUGACGCCGAGAUCUCGUUGCCGCACCGCGAUGGACUCGUCAGCCAACGUCAAGGAGAACCUCGACCAGUCGAUUCGCCUGCUCAGCCAGCACGGUCCGCGCACCACGUUCCUGAGGUUAAGCGGCCAGCGGAGCAUCACCCCGAAGAGGAUAUCGCUGCAGCCGGCCGGUCAGCCGCGCCGGGAUGCCGACGAUAGCAGGCAGACGUUCGGCGACACGCAGAGCCCGGGGAUGGCCGACCGGGCCGCGGCCGUGUCCCGACUGGCCAAGCUCCACAACGUCGAGCUCGACUCCUCGCUGACCCUCGCGCCCCACGAGGUCCGCGACAUAAUGCUGCGCUCGGAGAGGAACGACGUCACCAUCAAGGAGAUGAUGGAGGACGGCACGGCGACCGGGGCGAUCCUGCGGGCGAACGAGCCGUGGCGGGAGGCCAAGGCCAAGCUCUACUACGACUUCCUGCAGAGCGUACAGGCGCACUUCUCCGAGGCGCAGGUCUUCGACACCAUCGCGGACUUCAUACAGAACUGCACCGACACGCUGGACAUAAUGAGAGGUAUGCAGUCGAAGGUUGAGAAUACGGAGAUAGCGAAAGAGGAAAGUUCUUUGGAGAGCGAGAGGAACACGUGGAGACUGAUAUACUGCCUCUACCAGAACCGCAUAAGCAGCGCUGGCAUGCCCACGCAAAUGGAACACGAUGCACCUGCGAGCAACAAUUACAUCUCCGAGAAGGACGUUAUAGAGAAUUUGUACAAGUCCGAGAGCUACGUCAGGGAGUAUCAAUUGAUUAUUGACUGGCUAGAAAAGAAUGCCCUGGACCAGGCGGACAGAUGUCCGUCGAUAGAGCUCUUCACUGAUAAAACGGUAGCCUGGGAAAAUACGGUUCAUCAGUUGCACAAUCGGAAUUUGGGAAUUGCGUUCAGCUCGUCCAGGCCGCUGGUCUCGUCCCUUGAUCCCGACGCACCGGUACGAGAGGGUAGGCCACUGCACGAUCUAGACAGAGAGGACGAUACCAGACUUGAAAAAAGAAUGUUUAUAGAGGUACGUUGCGGACGUCUUCAGAAAGCACAAGCACUGGCUGUGCACUGUGGUCAACCUUGGAGAGCCGCGUGUUUAUUAGGAUGGAUUCCCAAUCACGAUCCGAAUUACAAUAAUCCAUUGACGGACACUAAAUUACCAAUCGAGGGGAAUCCUAAUAGAAGCCUUUGGAAAUUGUGCGCUUGGGAACUAUCUCAAGAUAAACGCAUAGGUGCAUUCUAUCGUGCCAUAUACGCAAGUCUUUGCGGCAAUGUCCAACUACUGCUGCAGAUAGCAUCGUCUUGGCAGGACGCAUUGUGGGCGUACGUGAAGAGCCUUCUAGAUAUCAAAGUCGAAUCAGCAAUGAGGUUAAUGAUGGUGAAAAUCUACACAAUUAUGCCGGAGGAAUAUUGGAAAAAUGAAAUCUCGCUGGAAGACGCGUUCAAGGAAUUGCACGCGUCGAAAAAUCCAAUAAUACGCGCCCAGUCUAACGUACCCGAUCAUUUGAUACAAAAAUAUAUAAUAUUGGAUCAAAUACCGAAAUUGAUGGAAGAGAUCGAAAGUAUGAUAGACGUCGGCGCCUGCGACUCGCAGUUCCUCCGAUUCCUGGCGCAUCUGAUACUGUUCUUCCGACAGAUUGGGAAAAGUACAAGGGAUAAAGUGGAAGACAAAGUAUUGCUAGCGUACGUUCGCGUCCUCAUCGAGAUGGGUGAUCCGAUUUUAAUCGCGUUCUACACGGCCACGUUACCACAGGAGGAUCAAAUAACCAACUAUGCCUCUUACUUAGAGAGCGUUAAAGAGCAUGAACAGCGCAAGAAAUGUUUGAACGCUGCGGAAGACGCGAACCUGAAUGUAGAAGCGAUUACGAAAUUAGUGGUGGAAAAUAUACGCAAGAAAAACAUUGAAUCCGACCCAACGGACUUGAAAGGGACUAUUACCGAGGCGGAUAUGGAAAAGAUUAAUGGUCUCGAUUGGCUCAUCUUCUAUCAAAGUCAAAGAGAAGAAGCUUUACGGCAAACAAACGCGCUCAUUAGAUACUUCCUGACCAACGAAAAGAUCGAUGCGGCGCGGAAAGCAUUUAACAAAAUUCCAUCAGAUUCGAUCGAAUCGGUUAUGGUCGAGUGUCCGACUAUAGAUUGCACACUCACGAAUCUUACGUUGACUAACAAUUUGUCGAAGAAAACGGCUGCGGCGGUAAGAGAAUACCUUUGCUAUAAAACGUAUCUCGACGCUCAGGAAGGUUUCGGCGAAUGGUUCUCGCAUUAUCAUCACGGUAAACCUACGCCACCGGAAGAGUUGUCGGCGUAUGCCACGUUUACGGAAAAGGUUGCGUACGAGCACAGAAAGACGCAGUACAGCUCAGAAUUCGAAAGAUGGAAAUCUACGAUGCAACAUCAUACGAAGGCUGUGAAACAAUUGUUAUUUAACGUCUUAUUGUUCCCCGACGGCGGCUGGCUCGUCGAUUCGAAGAGCAGCAACGACGAGCCGUGCACGGCCGAGGAGGAACUUAGGGAGCAUCAGUUGGAAAAACUGCGCGAGCUUUGUAUCCCUAAGGUCAUACUCCUGUUACACUCGGUUAUGUCGGAAAUGAACGAGCACGACGGUUGCAUUCAACUGGCUGACAUACUUGCAUCCGACCAAUAUCAGCUGUACAAAGUAUUUUCGAAGGAAAGAUUGCGCGAGGUAUUCAAAAAGAUCUGCGAAUCCUCUCUCAUCUUAAUGGACCAGAAGAAAGACCCUUGGGGAUAUCCUAAAUAAAGUUCAAACGUGUAACAUAUUAAUGUAUAAACCUAUUUGUACAGCGACACGCUAUUUAUAUCGAUCUAACGCUCGUGCAGUCGCCGUCGCAUUAAAUAUACGGACAAUUUUCACGAGUCCUUUUUUUUACCCCC